AUGGUAAAACUGGCGUCCAAGCCCAGCGUUGCUUUUGAAGUGGCAGAGAAUCGAGGGGUCUUGGACAAUAAUCAGAGAUUUUCUUCUUCACCAACUUACCUACCUGUGAGCUACCGCAUCUUCAGUGCAGAGACCUCUUUCUUCCUCAAAGAAGCCAACCAAGACUUCAUGAGAAAUUCCAGUUUGCAAUCCAGGGUGGAAUCAUUCUUCCCAUAUAAAGCCAAGAGACCUCCUGUGUUAAAUGCCAGCUAUGGACCUUUUUCCAUUGAACAAGUUGUGCCCCAGGACCUAAUGAUAACUUCCAGCUUCUUUGGAUCUGCCAACAAGUUCACUUAUAACUGGAAACUUAAGGCCUACAUAAUGAAUGACAAAAUCUACCCUAGCAAGCCCAAAGUCCAGGUCCUGUUCUACAUUGUGGGCAGGGACUGGGAUGACUAUAGCACGACGGAGAGGCUGCCCUGCCUGCGGGUGUUCGCCUUCCGAGAGACGCGGGAAGUCAGAGGCAGCUGCAGGCUGAAGGGGGACCUGGGGCUGUGUGUGGCAGAGCUGGAACUGCUGCCAGGCUGGUUUAACCCCCCCACCGUUGUCACAGGUCGUAAGAAGCCACUUGAUCUUACUGAAGGGAGCCCUGUGGAGCUUUACUACACUGUCCAACCAGGAGAUGAGAAGGGAGAGUGUACUGCUGAGGAUGUAAGGAAGGGAAAUGCUAUCCGGCCAGGAAAAGAUGGCAUGGAUGAAAGCAUGUCCCACUUACAGCGGAUUGGAUCAAUCAGCCUCUAUCGAGGCCAGGAGACUUCUCAGCUAACAGAGCUACGGCUGGAUGGUAACAUCGUCGUCUGGCUGCCCUCAAAGCCUGUCAAACAAGGAGAGGUGGUGAAUGUUUAUGUGACAAUUGCCAACAAUUCUACGGUGGAUCAGUUCAUACUCAGAUGUCCACAUGAUGGCUUGGUGUCCACAUGAGACUUAUGUCCACAGAUGGCUUUAACUAUAAACUGAGGUUGCAUAGAAGGCUGGAGAACUUAGAGGGCAUGAAAUGAGGUUCUGUAGCAGCACUUCAUGUAUGAUUGCAAGAGGCUGCCAUGUGUAUUUAUGUGUGCAUGCAUUCUCUUAUUUACUGAAAGUAUCAUUUUGUCUGUUAAUAGUGUGAUAACAGGCACUAUUGGGAGUAGCUACUUCAGCAUUUUCAGAAAGCAUAUCCUUUGUUGCUGCUGAAGCCUGUGCAACCCUAAAUCAGGUGCCUGUGUUCUGCCCUGUCAUAUGCUAUUUAGGUCUAGUGCUUUUCUGCUGCAUCAAGCUGAAACAAAAUGAUUUUCAUCCCUGCAGUUAGUAGCUGGCUGCAGUUGGAUAAAUUGAAAUGACUUUUAGGAAGAGUCAUGGAGGAGGGAGAAAAGACUCCCCAGGAGAUGAGAAAGGGAACGCAAUUUAUGCUGAUUUGUAAUCCUUACACACA